UCAUUUCCUACAGGAUUCUGUGCCCAGGGCUGCCUGGUAUCUUGGGGGGUCUCCUUGGAGCCAGGGCUCUACAGGCAGAGACUUCAGGCAGAGGUUCAGCAAUGUCUUCCAGCCCUUCCAUGACUACAGCUAAUGACACCACUGUGGGACCGUCACAGUUUCCCAUGGCCUCAGCCAUAUCCCCUGGACUGGGCGCUGGAACCCGGGCAUGGCCUGUGCUGGUAGGAGUUGUAUUGGGGGCUGUAGUCCUCUCUCUCCUCAUUGCACUUGCUGCCAAAUGCCACCUCUGCCGCAAACACCGAGCCAGCUACCAGCAUCGCCCACUUCCCAGGACAGGAAAAGGGCUCCGCUUGCAGCUGGGUGAAGAAGAUGAUGAUGGUUUCAUUGAGGACAAUUACAUUCAACCUGGGAUGGGAGGGAUGGGCUCGGGGUGCAGCCGGGACCAACUCUCCCUCUGAGUCCCUGUCUUCAGACCCUUUCAGGAAUAGUUGAACAGUGGAUACUCCAUGGAAGUCUCACGCCUCAGGGACGUUUGGUAGCUAGGGCUCAGGGGCUGAGCAGAGGCAGAUCAGCUUCCCUCCCCUGACACUAGCUACCAGGUGACAAUGACUUCUCUUACUCAGUGGCUCUCUAUGGCUUCCAGCUGUUCCCCGGAGGAUGCCCAGUGAGGGCUAGACUCAGGAAGUCAACCCCUGGCAGAGGCCACUCUGUUCUCUGCCUUCUUUCAUCACCUCCGUCUCCAUCUUAAUCUCCCCUU